AUGUCCUUAUUGCGCGAAGCUGAGAGAUGCGUCGCUAAUCAAUAUGCACAUAAUUUCAAUGCCUUCAUAACCCCGCUGUCGCGCGCGGGACCAUGGCUGGACCGCGUAAAGGAAGCAGAUGUGCGCAAGGAAGAAGGGAAACCCAAGUCCGCAGUGGACGGCCGCUUGAUCUCCAUCAAAGACAAUAUCUGCACGCGCGACCUUCCAACUACCUGCGCCUCGGGAAUCUUGGAUAAAUUUACCAGCCCGUUCAAUGCCACCGUUGUCGAUCAACUAGAGGCCGCCGGGGCCAUUAUCGCCGGAAAGACAAAUUUGGACGAGUUUGGAAUGGGAUCAAAUUCGAUCAAUUCACAUUUUGGUCCUGUCAAGAACCCUCGUCGGGAUUCCAGCGGGGAAGACCUCUCCGCGGGUGGCAGCUCUGGUGGGAGUGCUGCCUCAGUCGCGGCCGAUCAAUGCUAUGCCUCACUAGGAACGGACACCGGAGGCUCGGUCAGACUUCCAGCUGCUUACACCGGGACAGUGGGAUUCAAACCGUCAUAUGGACUGAUCUCACGAUGGGGUGUGGUGGCAUAUGCCAAUUCUUUAGAUACUGUGGGUAUAAUGGGAAAAACCACAGCCAAUGUGCGAGAUAUCUUCGACAUCCUCAACCGACAUGACCCGCGCGAUCCUACCAGUCUCUCAAUAUCCUCCCGCUCUCGAAUCCAAGCAUUUCUCCAAACAUCACAAUCGGCCUCGCGGCUGACCUCGGCCCCUCUCCGAAUUGGCGUGCCAAUGGAGUAUAACGUUUCCGAGCUGACUCCCUCGGUCCGGCGAGCUUGGGCUCUUUCUUUGGCACACCUGAAGCAACAAGGACACAUCGUGCAUUCCGUCUCUCUGCCCGACACAAAACACGCAUUAUCUACAUAUUACGUCGUGGGACCUGCCGAAGCAUCUUCAAACCUGGCCAAAUACGAUGGAGUGCGAUACGGGACUCGCGCCGAAGGCCCAGAUGGCGACGGAAAGCCCGAUGGAUAUCUAUUCUCAAAUACCCGAGGACAAGGGUUCGGGCAAGAAGUGAAAAGACGAAUUGUUCUAGGCACGUUCACUUUGAGUGCCGAUGCCAUCGACAACUAUUUCAUCAAAGCACAACGUGUGCGUCGUCUAGUCCAGCAAGACUUCGAUGCUGUCUUUACGGCCAAGCACCCGCUUUUAUCAGCGCAGGGCGCCGACAAAAUAGCAAAAGAAAAUGACGUAGAUGUCAUCAUAUGUCCUACUGCUCCUUCAUCCCCGCCACAACUGUCAGACUUGAUGAGCAAAUCUACCAAGAAAUCGCCCCUGGACGCAUAUGUCGCUGAUGUAUUCACUGUUCCCGCCAGUCUGGCUGGGCUACCUGCAAUUUCAGUCCCUGUGACAGUGUCUGGGGAGAAGGAUGCUGAACUGGCAGGAAUUCAGGUCAUCGGCCAAUAUGGAGACGACCAAUUAGUCAUGAAAGUGGGAGAGAUGUUGGAGGGAAGGCAUUUGGAUUAG